UUUUAUCUUCGUCUCCAGCUCCUACAAUGUACUCCGCCGGCUUGGAGAUUCUUGGGAUGAUCCUGACUGUGGCUGGCUGGCUGGGGGUGAUGGUGGCCUGCGGGCUGCCCAUGUGGAGGGUGGCAGCUUUUAUCGGACAGAAUAUUGUCAUCUCCCAGGUGAUCUGGGAGGGAUUAUGGAUGAACUGUUCGGUGCAGAGCACGGGCCAGAUGCACUGCAGGGUGCAUGAAUCCAUGCUGGGGCUUCCAGGGGACCUGCAGGCGGCUCGAGCCUUGGUCAUCAUCUCCAUGGUUCUGUCCAUUGUGGGAAUCGGCCUGUCAGUGGCUGGUGCCAAGUGCACCAACUGUAGCCGGGAUGUGGGCAGCAAACCCCGCCUUGUGGUGGCUGCUGGAGGGACUUUCAUCGUUGCCGGACUACUGAUGCUGGUGGCCGUUUCAUGGACGGCCCACGCCAUUGUGGUGGGCUUUUACAACCCGCUGUUGGAGGAGACAGGGAAGAGGGAAUUUGGGAAUGCUCUAUACUUUGGUUGGGCCGCCUCCGUUUUGCUAAUUCUAGGGGGGGCCCUGCUUUGUUGCUCUUGCCCUUCUAAAUUAGCUACAUCUCCAGGUGGCGACGACUCUGCACCUUCCAGGGUGGAUUACUCAGCAGUCAAAAACAUUUCCAUCAAUGGGUACUCCAGGAGAGACUACGUUUGAAUAUCUAUCAGGACUGAAAAUGUUGGAAUUUUGUAGAUAACAGCGAGACAAACCAUGUGGUAGAAAAAUAUUCUCCUUUUCGUAUUCUGACUGUUUGCAUGAUUUUCUAUAAAAAUGAAAGAAAAAAAAACAUCGUAAAGCAUCUGUGUAUUAUAUUA